CUUCAAAGAACCCCCUCUCUUGCUUGGUGUUCUGCAUCCAAAUACGAAGUUGCGACAGGCAGAAAGGCUGUUUGAAAAUCAGCUUCUUGGGCCAGAAUCCAUCACAAACAUUGGGGAUGUGAUGUUUACUGGUACAGCAGAUGGACGGGUUGUAAAACUUGAAAAUGGUGAAGUAGAGACCAUCGCCCGGUUUGGCUCAGGCCCGUGCAAAACCCCAGAUGACGAGCCAGCUUGUGGGAGACCCCUGGGCAUCCGGGCAGGGCCCAAUGGGACUCUUUUUGUGGCUGAUGCAUACAAAGGGCUAUUUGAAGUAAAUCCUUGGAAACGUGAAGUGAAACUGCUGCUGUCUUCCGAGAUGCCCAUUGAGGGGAAGAAAAUGUCCUUUGUGAAUGAUCUUACAGUCACUCGGGAUGGAAGGAAAAUUUAUUUCACAGACUCUAGCAGCAAAUGGCAACGACGAGAUUUCCUGCUUCUGGUUAUGGAGGGCACAGAUGACGGGCGCCUGUUGGAGUACGAUACCAUGACCAAGGAGGUAAAAGUUUUAUUGGACCAGUUGCGGUUCCCUAAUGGAGUACAGCUUUCUCCUGCAGAAGACUUUGUCCUGGUGGCUGAAACAACCAUGGCGAGGAUACGAAGAGUCUAUGUGUCUGGCCUGAUGAAUGGAGGGGCUGAUCUGUUUGUGGAGAAUAUGCCUGGAUUUCCAGACAACAUCCGCCCCAGCAGCUCCGGAGGGUACUGGGUUGGAAUGUCAACCAUUCGCCCUAACCCUGGGUUUUCCAUGUUGGAUUUCUUAUCCGAGAGACCUUUUAUCAAAAGAAUGAUCUUUAAGCUGUUUAGUCAGGAGACGCUGAUGAAGUUUGUGCCGAGGUACAGCCUGGUUCUAGAACUCAGCGACAGCGGGGCCUUCCGGAGAAGCCUACAUGACCCUGACGGGCUGGUGGCCACUUACAUCAGUGAGGUGCAUGAGCACGAUGGGCACCUGUACCUGGGCUCCUUCGCGUCCCCCUUCCUUUGCAGACUCAGCCUCCAGUCGGUUUAGCGCCUGUGAUAGCUGCCCCUGUGUGCGUGCUGGGAGUCUGCACACUCGGGUACCAUACCUGGUCCAGGAGGAGCUGUGGGCAGGGCUCUGUCCACAUGUACCUGUCAGUCCUUGGAGGUGUGAUGGGAAUGGUAGCUGCAACCCCCGAGGUUGUGCAGGCCCUGAAGGGCACUCCUCACCUGGGCUUGAUUUUGCAUUUAGAGGGAAGCAUAACAUAUCUGCCUCGGGGAAGGUAAAUUUAUGGAAAGCCAUUUUCUCUUAAAAAUAAACUUUCUAAGUCCAAUAAUUCCCUAGGACUUGGGAAACUUCAUGUACUUUUAACAUGGCUCAGGGUUUGGUAACUAGAGCAGUAGAUGAGCUACCCAGGGAUCUUAUUUUGCCAUGGCUCUGUCCUGCCAGCUUCAGUGUCUUCACUGUGAGGUGGGGCAAUAGCUUUCUUUGGCUACAGUGCACUGAGGCCAGUGCUGGGGGCUGUGCAGCCCAGAUUGCGGACCUGUGUUCUUGAGGAUGUGUGGGACGUGGGCCCAUGGUCCCUGGGUUUUCCCUCUGUGGUGGUGGCGCAUCGCUCCUACCCUCACUCUCCACCCACUCCAGCUCUGUCUCCCUCCGUGCCAGAGGUUUUCAGACUCCUGAGCAAGUGCAUAGGGAAACAUGUGAUUCCCACAGCUUAAAGAGGACUUCACUGAGUUUCUCUCUGUGAACUACCUACCCUGCUGGAAUUGGAUGAUCCAGCAAUUCAGUACCUUCUGCAGGGGUGCGUUUAGGAACGUCCUGUUUCUCCACCUUUGCUCUUCACCUCUCAACCCACACAUAUGAACAGUGCACAUGUUAAUGUCCUAUUUAAUUGAGUGUCGAAAGCCCCACGUUGCUGUGCAUCUGGACAAGUGUGGUCAUGAUUUUGAUAAUAAAUAAUGAUAAUUACAUUGA